GUUAGGCAUGAACCAAACAGGGACGACGCAGGAUAAAUGGGCCCAAACCGGCUGGAGAAUAGAGCAGAGGUAUUCAAGCAAAGUGCUGUUGGGCAACUGGGCGGAAGAAAGACUCCAGUUCACUCGGGAGCCAAAGACGGCCAACAGCACCAAUCGUGUAGACUACCGGCCCCACUGGGACUUCAAGCCAGACGUCUUUGAGAGAAGAUCUGCCCUGCUGAGAGCUGAGGGGCUUCCAUCCAAACUGCUAUUUGCCCACCAUGCCCCACCGUCCUCUCAUUACUUGGUCACGCAGUAUAAAGAGAGCUACGGGCAAAAGCACACGAAUGCUUUGCCCACUCUGCGACCGUGGCAUCCAGACAGCUUGACAUGGCAGUUUGAGAGAUCUGACCGGCCAAUUACUGGCCUUCCAACCAACUUUGGCCCGCCGCGGUCCACAAAGCACCGUUUGGAAAAGCAGCAGUCACACCUCCCGUCACUGACUGCGUACAGGUCAGCAUACCAGAGGCACCCUCUUAGUACCUUCUGCCAGAGCCGCUUUGCCAGGGCUUCACGCGCGCUCUCCAGCCACCUCCACGCAGCCAAUCACAACAACAAGGACCUGGAUCUGAGAUGGCGCUCGCUGCCACAAGUCCCAGAUCCUUGUCUCAGUCUACGUCCACGAUCACAGCAGGCUCAGAGGCAACGCUGCGGCUCCUCACAUGCCGGUUGUUAAUUUAGGAGCUGUGAUCAGCUUUGUGGUUCCUGUUUUUUUAAUAGUCGGCCGCAUGAAUUUGUCAAAAAUUGCAAAAAAAGCAAAAUUUAACAGAGCAGACCGUUUGGGAAAUCAAAAGGAACUUAAAAAAUUAAACAUGAUUCUCAUUACGUCGCUGUGAGGACUACUGUAAGUUUACUGUGCUUCUUCAGUGUUUAUAUAUGGAUAUGUGUGUGUGUCUGUGUGCAAGAAGGAGAAAGGCGGGGGCUAUAAAUCAUGUCCGCCCUUCCAGAGGAUAAUUAUAUGCAAAUUCUCUCUUCCCUCUGUACAGUUAAUAUCUGCAACUCAUAGAAUGGGCUGCUAGCGUUACCCUAGAUAACAGAAAAGAGAGCAAAAAAAAAGCGUCAACGCCUGAACUAACCUGGGCAUUGAGGCAAACCGGAAGCUGUGAGUCAUCCAAGGCAACGUCUAAAGGGACUUGUCUAACUCCCAUUUCAUUAGGUGUUUAGUUACGGUGAUUCAAAGUGUUUAAUUAGGAAGAAUCAAAGAUGCUUAUGUUUGAUGGUCAACCAUCUGCGACUGCCUCCCUUUCCCCUGCCUGCCUGCUGCCUUCCAGUGCAGCUGAAGCCCUCUGCCUCACCCUCUGUUCGCUAGUUAGUCACUCUGCUGUGCUGCUGAUGCCUGCAUGUCACAUGACGCCUCUGUGUUGUGGGAAGUCCGGAGCUGAACAUGUCUUACCCAGAGCACUGCUGUGUUUGCCUUGUGAGCCACAUGAUGGUGCUAUAGCAGCACGUCACUCUGUGGAACCUGUCAGUGAGUCUUUGAAGUCCUCAGCAUUAAAGUCUGCACAGUGAAAGACUUGAUUUUAAAUGAGCAAACAAUGAGGGAUUUAAUAUUUGUAUCUUUCUUAUGCAUAUUUCCAUUGUUAGUUUAAUUGCACAACACUUAAAAAAUAA